GUGUACAAAAUGGUCUUAGUAGAUUAACCAUAAAUAUUCAUAGGAAGGCGAUGAUUUAUCUAAAAGUAUCAAUAUCACCUGAUAGAAGGGAUGAAGAAGCUUUAACAUAUCUUUUAAUUCUUUUCCUAUCAUUAGGAUCCAAAUAG